UUCAUAUAUGAACGAAAUCCUUCAACAUGGCGGCGUCGUCAAUCGGUCCAACAAGCAGUCGUAGUCCAAAGGAUGUACAAACGAUGAUAGCAAUUCUGAAAGACAUGGGGGUAACAGAGUACGAACCUCGAGUUAUUAAUCAGAUGUUGGAAUUUACUUAUCGUUAUGUCACUGACAUUUUGGAUGAUGCACAGAUUUACUGUAAUCAUGCUGGUAAAAAGGUUGUCGAUGGUGAAGAUGUUCAGCUUGCCGUGCAGACACGCAUGGAUCAUUCUUUUACCUGUCCACCACCCAGAGAGCUUUUACUAGAGGUUGCCAGAGUAAAAAACAACAGUUCACUUCCAGCCAUCAAGCCACACAAUGGUCCAAAUCUUCCACCAGAUCGCUACUGUUUUUCAUCCACCAACUACAGACUUAGAUCUAACAGUAGGAAAACCUCUGGUAUGGUUCUUCCUUCAAGAUUGAGUAUAAGUUCAUCCUCAGGGAAAUCAGCUACUAUAACUUUGACGUCAAAAUCUGCAUCAGGAAUUAAGCCUGGUUUCACUCAUGCUAAUGUUCUAACAACACAAAGCAGUAACACGUCUAAAGCUAUUCCACACAUUCAGCUUCAAUCAUUUAAUACAGAGAAGGCAGAUGGUAACCUACAGAAGAAAACAAGUAAUUCACCACAAGUCAACAUUAUUUUUAACCAGAGUGUGAAGAGGAAGUUAGAUGAUGAGUAAGCUGCCCCUGACCAAAAUUGUUGUUGUACUGUACCUUUUGUAAAUGUAUAUUUGUCAAAUAAAUAAAUGAAAUGAAAUGAAAUGAAUUAAACUUACGAAGAAUUUGACAACUUAAUAGACUUAAUGUGAGAUUCUAAGGUUAAUAUUUCUAUCAAUAAUAUGUAGUACAAUUAAUUACUUUAUUGGUAACCCAUCAAGUCCCAAGCAUAUAUCUAGUCUUUAAAAAAUAUUUAUCAUGUUUUUAUUAGUCAUUGGACAUAUGUUAAUUAGGCCCAUAUGUUAAUUUUGACUUUUGUAACCUCUGACCCUGUUUUCGUGAUUGGGUCAUAUAUGUCCCAAUGGGUUAAAAUAGCAAAAAGUGCACAUUUUUACAAAGCAAAAGCUAUUAAUAAAUUUAUAAAAAAUCACAGAAAAUGCAAAAUCAAUUUUAUAAAAAAGUUUUAUUUAGUAAUUUACAAUAUAUACACAUAUAUAGUGUACACACACCUCUCAAAAAUCUUCGUACCAGAUUUUAAAAAUAGUUCUAGUUUUGGGAAAAUGUUCAAUAUUUACAAUGUGGAAGUAGUUCAUUUUGUAUGGUGUUCUUCGAAGCAAUUCUGUUUCUCUGAAAAGCAGAGAGCUACCUUGCAUUUUUCACACGUCGUGUCAGUCUUAUUGUCUUUGCAUAUAGCACAUCGACGACGUUUUGCAUCCUUCAAGGGCCAAUGGGCCACCUCGUCAAGUCGCACAUCAUCAUUUGCAAGUGGCCGUUUUUGUUGUCGUCAUGCAGCUGUGAUGGUAAGUGGGGUUGACAGCCUGCCUGGCUUUCUGGUGUUAACCUCAACUAAUUCUUGUGCAACUAUGGCCUGGAAUUUUCUUUGGCUCAAUAUAGAACCUUUUUUAACUCCAGCUUUCUUGCAUUCGCGGCGAUACAAAAACCAGGCAUUCACAAGUGCAAUAUAUACACAUUGCCAGAAUAAAUACAAAUACCAUCUUCGAGAAAUUAUGAAAUUUGUAUCUUGCAAUGCAUGCAUCGAGCAAAUCGACUACUCCCAUAUUGGAACAAUACAUGGUCUCGUAACCUCUACAAAUUCUUUAUUGACUUUGUCCCAACGACGUGCUUUAUCGGUCGGUUCAACACCAACAUAGCUUGAUAUCAAUGUUACUCGCUUGGUAACAAACCAACCAACCAACAACAAUAUUGCUUGACUCUUCAAUCCUCCAAUCAUAUGUUCCUCUUCCCUUUUUCUCCAUUUCUUUUUCUGUUAAAAGUUUGCUACCAGCAAGUCGAUUUCCACGUAGGGUCCCAAUGUAAUGGAAACCUCUGUUUUACAGAACUGAAGAGAUUAUUGGCAUACAUUUUGAAGUUUUGAUUUUCAGGAAGGGACUCGCAUAGUUUGACAUCGCCCCCUAAGCCUAGAUCUGUAAUUUCUCUACCCGCUCCUUUACCUUGAUAGACCUCAAAGUCGUACAAAAACCCAGAUGCCCCACAUCGUGCCCAUAUUUUCAGUCCCCAUAGGUUUGGUUUGCCCCGUAUAUACUGCUUUAUGGCGCUGUAUCGUCCACGAAAAGGCACCAUCAUCUUGUCAAUAGAGUUGUAUUCCUCUGGCGUAGUUUGAACACAUUGUGUGUGGAAAAGUUCGCAAUUUUCCAUAGUUUAUUUCUUUUCUCAUCUUCAGUUACAUCAUUGUUAACAAAAUGUAGAGUAGUCAACAGGAGCUGAAAUUGGUUAUGACUCAUAACAUCUGCUACCGGAUCAUGCCGCAUCUCAUUUUCCCCAUACACUCUUACGCCUAGCAUUUGUACGAUACCCAUUCGGAAAAACAUUCCAAUAAACUGCUCAAUUUCCUUAACAUUGGUAUUUACGCACUUUCCUGUCUUCUCUACACUAUAGGUGUAGUGUUGGCGACAAUCAACUCUACCAUGGCUGGGUUAAAAAACUUUCUAAAAUAUGUAUAGGGUGACUCAAUAUGAAUUAUUUCUGGAUAGUCAGGCCCUGUAAAAUCAGUGUUUGGAGAGUGAAAUUGUUUCUUUUGCCAUUUGCUGCCACUACUUUCAUCAUACUCUUGGCUUUGGCUUGGCGAAUACUCAAAGGAUAAAUCAUCAUUUUCUGUAUCAUCAUCACUAAUUGAUGCAUCAAACUCACUUUCAUUACCAUCAAGUGCAUUCAAAACUUCUUUGACUGAAAAAUUAUGUCGAUGAUUACUGAAAAAAAAUAUUUAAAAAAAUAAGAUUUAUGAGAAAAAAAAAAUAAAUAAAAAUAAAUAUACAGUAAUUGCAUUUUAUAAGACAGAAAGUGUGUAUAAUUUCAAAAUAGUGUAUAAAAAGCCUAAACACAUAAAAUUAAUAUGGUAUUGUUACCCUAAUACAAGCAUGAUAACCCAUUGGGACAUAUGACCCAAGCUAAACAACACCAACAGCCAUUGGGACAUAUAUGACCCCGUUUUUAAAAACAAGUACUGUACUACAUAAAAAGUUGUAGUAAAAUUUAUUUCUUAGUAGUAUAACUAUCAUCUAUAAGGUCUAUUGAUAAUAUUUAUCUUGUUAUUACAACAAAUAAUAUCAUAAUUUUUGCAUAUUAGUCCUAGCAAAAUUCAAAAACUCCACUCCACACUUACCUGCUUGAAGAAGCCAAUGUGUAAGUGCUGUAUCAAAGGAAUGUUGAUUGAAUCGACUUCCUGUUGACCUCAAAGUGUGCCUUAUAUGUCCUUAUGGGUCUUGCAAUGAUUUUUUGUAUUUAUUAAUUGGUCUAGGAUAGUCACAUGACCAAGUCAUAUGACCCCCAUGGGUCUUGAUGGGAAAUUUAUGUAUCUGCCACUGCCUCUCUGAAGAUUUAGCUGAAGCUAAGGAAUCAUAAAACUUAGUGGAAUGGUACAUAAUAAUCGAAGAAAGACACCAUUCAAUUUUUGGGAGCAAAGGUCAAGGUCACGAAAAUCUGGUUUUUUUUUUUAAUUGCUUGGCCAUAAAAGGGAAAAAUAGAAUUUCCUCCUUCAUAUUCAGGCACAGGCCUAAGGUAUAAUGUCACUGAAUACGAUAGACUAUUUAAUUAUUUUAUUGAAUGUAUGCUGCAGCACUCCAGAAAAUAGUGUGCCUGAAUUUGCCCAUCCAUCAUACACGGCCUGCGUAUACUUUGGUAUUCAGACACACGGCGGAAAAUAAUGCCAUCGCCCAUCAUACACGGUCGCAUAUUGUUGGUAUUCAGGCACAGGGUGAAGGUAUGCACUCUAUGGAGUGACUGCUCUAGUUGGUAAAGUCAAAAAUGGGUUUUAUUUGAACUGGAUGGUAAAUGAUGUAGUAUUUUAUUCUUGCAUUUCUUUAUAUUAUUUGCCAAUUUUUGUUGAAAAUUUCAAAUAAUUACCUUUAUGUUAAGAAUAAAUAAUAUAUUCAACUUUCAACUCUGGUAGCUGUUCCGCCCUGCAAUUGUGAUGAUGAUGAUGAUAAGACCUAAUAAUAUCAUCAGCAAUAUAAUUCUUUCGUAAAUGAAAUGUAAAGAAAAAGUAUCUUAGUGUGCUUUUGAGCACAGAAACGCUCAACAGGUAGCCAACCAUGUAAUCAAAUAAUUUGUAAAGAAAGUUUAAAAAUACUCUUUAAUUUCACUGAAAGCCUGAAGCUUGUCAGCCAUGUCUUAAAGCAGUUUUAGCAGAUGCAAAUUACAAAAUGAUUGCAAAAUGUAAAUAUGUAACAAUUCUAUUUCCAUGUGCUUGGUACCUUGGUGAAUCAACUAACAUUAAGCAAUUGUCGGGUAAGAAAAGCAAGCUCCUGUGUCUGCUUUGUUUUCUUAGAAUUUUCUUGCGCAUAUUUCUGGUCAAAAUUGUUUGUAGAAAAUCCAUAUGGAAAGGUAAUUUUUCAACAGUUUAAGCCCUUUAAGAGAAUUUGAAUUAUCCGGAAGAUACACAGAUCUGUUUGAAUUUCUUUGACAAAUGAUUAAUUAUUUGUCACCUCUGAUUCCAAUGGGGUCAUUCUGCAUUCUGUGUUGCUUUAACACCACUAAAGUAUCUAGCCUAUGUAUAUAUUUGGGAUAGGCGAACCUGGAUGGAAAAUCUAAACUGAAGGCUGAAAGAUGUGCAUAUUUUGUUUAGUGGUUAAGAUCUUUUUCCUGAUCCCAGUCUCUGAGCUAAUAAAAACAACUGCACUUCCUAUGCCUCACAAUGAGACUUACUAGUCAUUAAAAUACAGUACCUAUGGAGUGGCAAAAAGGGUGCUCUCCCCUUGUCCAAGAAAUUUCUAUUUUUUGUUAUUUUCUCUCGUAUUUUUCAUUUUGUACUUCACACACCUGAUGAAGCUGGCAUCGACUUCCAGCAAAAGCUUAUGCUGAAUAAAUUAUAUCUUAAAUGCAA